AUGACUGAUGCUUUUCCUAGUGCCCUGACUGGGCCAUCAUCAAAAGAAAGAAAAUAUGAUCGGCAACUGCGGUUAUGGGCUGCAAGUGGCCAAAAGGCUCUAGAGGAGUCUCGUGUACUGUUGGUCAACUCUGAUGGCCCAUGGAGCAACCAGAGCACUGGUGUAUCAGGUGUAGUAGGUGUCGAAACACUGAAGAACCUUGUUCUUCCUGGAAUUGGAGGGUUUACUAUCGUGGAUCCUGCUACUGUCACUGAGGCGGACCUUGGAGUUAAUUUCUUCCUUGAAGAACAGAGCCUGGGGAAGCCCAGGGCCGCAGAGACCUGCCGAUUGCUAAAAGAAUUGAACCCAGACGUAGAAGGGAGCUUCCAAUCAAAGUCAAUUACGGAACUUCUGAGACAGGAUCCAGAAUUCCUCGCACAGCAUAGACUGGUGUUAGUUUCUGGUCCUAUGAAGCGAUCCUCUUUAGAUGCUCUUUGCAAGGCUGCCAAUGAGCUAAACAUUCCAGUCUUGUAUACACGCUCUGUUGGAUUCUACUCCACUUUCUCGCUCCAACUACCGCCCUUGUUUCCUAUAGUAGAGACCCAUCCAGACCCGGAGACAACACAGGAUCUUCGUCUGCUCAACCCUUGGCCAGAGUUGGUAGAAGCUGCUUCUCGAAUUAGUGAUCUGGAGACCUUGGAUGAUCACCAACACGGUCAUGUUCCAUACCUAUUACUACUUCUCCACUACCUUGAGAAAUGGAAGGAGGCACACAACGGCAACGUUCCAUCUAAUUACAAGGACAAGUCUGAGUUUAGAGAGAUGGUGCGCUCUAGCGCAAGAACAAGUAAUUCUGAAGGCGGCGAAGAGAACUAUGAUGAGGCUGUUGCGGCAGUAUUGAAAUCGUUGAACCCCUUUAGCUUACGCAGCUCGACUCGCGAGAUCUUUGAGAUGGACGAAUGCAAAACCCCCCGAGCCGACUCGGCUGAUUUCUGGAUUAUCGCAUCUGCAGUUCAGGAGUUCUUCCAGCAGCAUAAUGUGCUGCCUCUGCCCGGCCCGCUGCCCGAUAUGAAAGCCCAGUCAGCAGACUAUGUCUCUCUUCAGAACAUCUACAAGUCGAAGGCGAAGAAAGAUGUAGAGGAAGUCACAAAUAUAGUCAGAAGAAUCGAGUCCCAGAUAGGAUCUCGGUCAGGUGAGGUCCUAGAGAAGGAUAUCGAAAUAUUUUGCAAGAAUGCCGCUCACAUCAAGGUUAUUCGUGGACGCAAUAUCCCUGAAGUUGAUGGCGAAGUACAGACUCUUAAGGCCAUCCGCAACAAUAUAAGCAUACCUGACUCUCUAAUCCCUGUCUUCGUUGCCUUCCAAGUCCUGGACAACGUUGUUACCGACCUCCAAGAAGGAAAACUCCCCAGUGGAUCGAUUGAUGACGAGGUGGCGUGGGACACUCAGAUUGAUCGUGUGCUCUCUGCACUCACGACCGACGACCAAUCUGCAGUUGAUCAAGAUGCUCGGGAGCACAUUUUGGAAGCCACCCAAGAACUACGCCGGACAGAAGGCGGCGAGCUGCAUAACAUCUCGUCUCUUACUGGUGGCUUGGUCGCGCAGGAGGCACUCAAGGUUAUCACAAGGCAGUAUAUACCGUUGGAUAACACAUGCAUUUUCGAUGGAGUGCGAAGCCGUAGCGAGAUGUAUACGUUGUGA